CGUCACAGGCCGAGCCUUGCGCCAGAUUCCGGGUCUCUGGAACAACGCGCGUUGGCCCUCGUCGGGCGCCGUCCUAGGUGCUUCCGAGGGUCUGUCAGUCGAUGAGUUGGGACUCGGGGGCUGUAGACACUGAGGCAAAGUGUUUGGGGAAGUAGUAUGGUGAUUGUCUCCAGCGGUGAAGAUCGAGGCUAUCUCUAGUUGAGUAUUUUUGUUACCUGCAAGUAUUUUGGCCAGGUGGCAAGUGUAUGAACUGUGGAGCGAGAAGAACCUGCUUCUGCCUCUGACUUGGGUUAUCAGGCUAGCAAACUAGAUUCACUCUUCCAGUCGGAGCAAGGAGGACCACCAUGGACGGUAGAGGGAGCAGCUCAGAGUCACACCUGUCCAGAAGAAAUAUGGGAGAUUGACCAUAUGCAGUGGCACCCAGAAAACCAAAACGAGAGUAAAAGUUUGGAACUAUAUCAGCAAAGUUAUGCACUUGGAAAUAAUUUCGAUUUAUGCAAAAGUCUUGUUCCUUUAACACAAAGACACAAUAAGUUUGGCUCACACUGUAAAAGCUUGAAAUCACAUUUAGGUUUUUUUAUCCAGAAUAGAAGAUAUGCAGGAGAGGAUUCUGAUGAGUUUAGUGGAUGUGGGAAAUCAUCAGUCUGCACUCAGCAGGAUACAACUCUUACUGGAAUUAAAUGCCAUGGAUGCAUUAAACCCAGUGGCGCUAAAUCACAGCUCAAUGAACAUCAAAAAACAUAUACAGAAGAGAAACCACAUGAAUGCAGUGAGUGCGGAAAAGCCUUCUCCAGGAAGGCACAGCUCAUUAGGCAUCAGAGAACUGAAAGAGGAGAGAAGCCGCACGGAUGUAAUGAAUGUGGGAAAACAUUCAUGAGGAAGAUUCAGCUCACUGAACACCAGAGAACUCAUACUGGAGAGAAACCCCAUGAAUGUAAUGAAUGUGGAAAAGCCUUCUCCAGAAAGUCACAGCUUAUGGUACAUCAGAGAACUCAUACAGGAGAGAAACCCUACGGAUGCAGUGAAUGUGGCAAAGCCUUCAGCCGAAAGUGCCGGCUCAAUAGACAUCAGCGAUCUCACACUGGAGAGAAACUUUAUGGAUGCAGUGUAUGUAGGAAAGCCUUCUCCCAGAAGGCAUACCUCAUUGCACAUCAGAGACUUCACACAGGAGAGAAGCCGUAUAAAUGCAGUGAAUGUGGAAGAACUUUCUUUUUUAAGUCGGACCUGACCAAGCAUCAGAGAAUUCAUACGGGAGAGAAACCUUACGAAUGCAGUGAGUGCGAAAAAGCCUUCAGGAGCAAGUCAAAACUCAUUCAGCAUCAGCGAACUCAUACUGGAGAGAGACCAUAUGCAUGCAGUGAAUGUGGCAAAGCCUUUGCCCACAUGUCAGUCCUCAUUAAACAUAAGAAAACUCAUACAAGAGAGAAAGCUAUAAAUUCACUGAAGGUGGAGAAACCUUCCCCAGGGAGUCAUGGCUCUUUAUACAUGAGUGAUCUUGCACAGGAGCAAAGCGAGAUGAACACAGUGCCUGUGGAAAUACCUUCUUUGGGAACUCAGCCCUUGUUAAACCUCAGUGAGUUCCUCGGGGGUAGAAAUGUAGUGUUUGUGGAACAGCCUUUUCUAAGAAGUCAGGCCUCAGUAGAUAAUCGGGAAUUUGCACAGGGAAUAAGUCUUGCAAAUUCAGUGAAUCUGACAACACCUUCUGUAAUAAAUUAUGUCUUAUAUGUUACAGACAUUGUGUAGGAAACAAAAUCUCUGGUACCAGAAUGUAUCUGAUACCAGAAAAGCCUUUAGCAAGAAUCCUCCAAACAUUAUAUGUCAGUUCCUUUUGGACAGAAAUGCUAUGGAUGCAGUGGUGGUGGAGGAUAAGUCUGAAAAUUCAGACUUAUUAAAUAUCUAUGAAAUCUCACUGAGCAGAGAUGCAGCUAUUGUGGGGAAGCCUUUUCCUGGAGGUGAUAUCUCCAUUGGAAUCAAAGAAUUCCCACAGGACCAGAACAUUAGGAAAGAAUGUGAUGAUGUUUUCAAUGGUAAGUUCUACCUCAUCACAUCAGAGAAGUGUAGAAAAACACCUCUAGACACCACAUAUGGACAACAUUUUCAGUAAAAUGUGGAAGAACUCCUAGGAAGGAGAAACCCCUGAAAACAAUAAAAGAUGUAAAUUCUGAGAUGGGAAUUCUAUUGCCAGACUAACUAAUGUGUCACAAUUUUAUACCUUGGGAAUCUGGGAAAGACUUCUCUAAUAAAUGAAAUCUUGGACACUACGAAUUGCAUUAUGCAGCAAAAAUCUAUGAAUAUGGUGAAUAUGGAGACAACUUUAUUAGUCUCUUAUGGCUGCUAUGACAAAUUACCAUAAAUUCGGUGGCUUAAAACUACACAAUAUUAUCAUAUAGCUCUGGAGGUCUGAAGUCUAAAAUGGGUCUCGCUGGACAAGGGGUUGACAGGGAGAACCCAUUUUUCUUUGCCCUUCCAGCUGGAAGCUGCCCAGAUUUGUGGUUUGCAGACCCCUCCACCUUCAAAGCCAGCAAUGUCCGGUCAACUCUUCCAUCACUCUGACACUGACUCCUGCUUCCCUCUCCUACAUUUAAGGACCUGUGUGACUACAUUGGGCCCACCCAGAUAAUCUAGGAUAACCUCCCUAUCUUAAAUUCAGCAGUUAGCAGUCUUAACUCCACCUACUACCUUGAUUCCCCCUUGCCUUAUACUGUGACAUAUUCACAGGUCCUGGAGAUUAGGAUGUGGACAUCUUUGGGGGGCUAUUAUUCUGCCUCCUUCAGACCACCUCUGGCACCCAAUUAUUUGUGUCCAUACCAUGAGAAAAAUACAUUCACUGUCUCUCAGCACCUCCAAAUGUCUCAACCUAUUACAGCACCUACUCAAAGUCUAACAUUUCAUCUAAAUCUUAUCAGCUCACAAGCUCUAAAUCAAGUAUUGGGUGAGGCUCUGGUUAUGAUUUGUCCUGAGGUGCAGUUCCUCUCUGUGAGCCUAUGAAACUCUAGAAACAGUUCAUAUGGCCCUAAAAUAGCUAAUUUCGUCUUUUACUUUAAAUGCCUUUUGCCAUGUAAUGUAACAUAUUUACAGGUUCUGGGGUUUAGGGCAUGAACAUCUUUGGAGGGCCAUUCUGUCUACCACAAAAACAUUAGAUUUCAGAGAAUUCAUACUACAGUAAAUUCCUACCUAACCAUUAAAUAAAUCUAGAGAAACGUGUUCACAGAGUAGUAAUUAUUUUUGAUCAUUAUGGUCCAAGUACAGUAACUUUUUUCUACAAUCAGGGACUCUUAACGCCUGUGUCAUGAGUUGUGACCAGCAGGGAAUACUAUUGAAAUAUGUAAAUCAAAUGAUGAGCACUGGAAAAGAACUCAUAGAUGCCCUAAAGGAACAUGAGAUUUAUGUGCUGCAAAUGCAUUUAUUCUGAAAUUGUAUGAAUUACCAUAUCCUGAGUAUAGAACGCAUAUUCCAUAAUGCACUCAAGUAACAGAACUCUUCACAGCCAAUUCCAACAACCUUUUUUCUUUAAAUGUUCAGUGUAUAUACUCUCAUUAAAUAACAACAACAACAAAAACCAGACAAGAUAUAUGAAUGGCCCGUUUUCAGACAUUGGGUAAUAGUGAGAUCAGCACAGCUAACUCGAGAGAAAGGAAACAAAGGAAGGGAGCCUUAUGACUACCUCCAACUUACAGCCUGGAGAGAGUUCCCAUUCUGUAGCAUAGGGAGAGGGAAUCUAAUCAGAUCCUGGCAGUGUCUCCGAAUUGAAGCAGAGUUUAGGGUUUGGAGAAUUCAAGGUGGCUCAAAUUUAUGGGGCAGGUUAGGAGUGCAUUCCUCCUACAUGAUUUGAAGUUGUGAUCAGCACAUAUGUGUGAGGAAGCUCCCUGGCCUGGAGAAAGAACCACUGGAAAGGAACAGGCAGAACUAUCCUUGGAACUUGCACAGGUUGGGAGUAAGUUGUUUACACCAGUUGGAAUAGAAACCCCUUCCAAGAUUUGGAAAAUCACAGUGGAGCUUCAGAAAAAUAGUGCCUCAGUAGGUCACUCAAAUUGGCUCUAGAGUAAUGGCUGCUCGGAACCCUCCUGACAAAGCAUAAAUGCAAGCUACUACAAAACCAAACUGUUUCCAAGUAGUUUAACUGCUUCCCAGACCUAAGCCCAGUAGUAUUUAAAGAACAGAAAGCAAUCCAUCAACAAAGAAAAUCAAUGUCAAAAUCACAAUGUCUGGCAUCUCAUCAAAACCUACCCAGGUGUGCAAAAAAGACAGGAAAUUAGGACCUAUAAACAUGAAGAAAAGUCAAUAGAAACCCAGAAUUAAUAUGGGCGACAGAAUUAACAGAAAACCAUGUUCAAAACAGC